CCCCACCCCACCGGCCCACGCCGACCACCACAGCGACGCGACCCCCGCACCCGCACCCGCUGCUGCGACUGGACUGGACUGGAGUGGAGCGCACUCCAGUGGAGGCGACCCCGAGGCAGCUGCGGACCAGGCCCUCCGAUCCGCCCCGCCCGCGCCCGCCGCAGCCCUAUGUUCCGGCCGUCCACCGGAGCGCCUCGCCGCCGCAGCAACCCGGUAAUAACAUGUUCAGUGCUCUGAAGGUUUCAGAGUCAUAAUUCCGAAUCAGCUCAAUGACCUCAUUUGGUGUCGCACCGGCAUCUGGGCUGAGAGAUGCUGGUGGUAGUAGUGAAGUGGAUAAGUUGCCGGAUGAAAUUAGUAAUAUGAGAAUAAGUGACGAAAAGGAAGUAGAGGCAACAAUCAUCAAUGGGAAUGGAACAGAAGCUGGUCAUAUUAUAGUCACGACUAUCGGAGGCAGAGAUGGCCAAAGGAAGCAGACAAUAAGUUACAUGGCUGAACGUGUCAUUGGUCAAGGAUCAUUUGGUGUUGUGUUCCAGGCAAAAUGUUUGGAGACAAGUGAGACAGUAGCUAUCAAGAAGGUUCUUCAGGAUAAGAGAUACAAGAACCGUGAGUUGCAAAUGAUGCGUCUACUUGACCAUCCAAAUGUCGUCUCUCUCAAACACUGCUUCUUCUCAACCACUGAAAAGGAUGAACUCUUUCUGAAUCUUGUGCUUGAGUAUGUUCCUGAGACAGUCCACCGUGUCAUCAGACACUACAACAAGAUGAACCAACGCAUGCCACUGAUAUAUGUGAAGCUAUAUACUUAUCAGAUUUGUAGGGCACUGGCUUACAUCCAUCGCACCGUUGGUGUUUGCCACAGGGACAUAAAACCACAGAAUCUUCUGGUUAACCCACACACUCAUCAGCUGAAGAUCUGUGAUUUCGGAAGUGCAAAAGUUCUGGUGAAAGGCGAACCCAAUAUAUCAUACAUCUGCUCUAGGUACUAUAGGGCACCGGAGCUUAUUUUUGGUGCUACUGAGUACACGACAGCAAUCGACAUCUGGUCUGCUGGAUGUGUUCUUGCUGAACUUCUGACAGGACAGCCUCUGUUUCCCGGUGAAAGUGGAGUUGAUCAACUUGUUGAGAUUAUCAAGAUUCUGGGCACACCUACAAGGGAAGAAAUCAAAUGUAUGAACCCGAACUACACAGAAUUCAAGUUUCCCCAAAUCAAGGCCCAUCCAUGGCAUAAGGUGUUCCACAAGCGAAUGCCACCUGAAGCAGUGGACCUGGUUUCCAGGCUUCUUCAGUACUCACCGCACCUUCGGUCCUCAGCUCUGGAUGCUCUGAUCCAUCCAUUCUUCGAUGAGCUCCGUGACCCAAACACCCGCCUCCCCAACGGCCGGUUCCUUCCUCCCCUCUUCAACUUCAAGCCCCACGAGCUGAAGGGGCUUCCGAUGGAGAUCGCGGCGAAGCUGGUCCCGGAGCACGCGAGGAGCCAAUGCCCGUUCCUAGGGCUGUAGGAUCUGGCCUGCUGGCUACAUGUGCGAAAAGGUGCUGUCUGCCAUGCUAGCGAAUAGCGCUCCUACCUAGAGGGAGGACUAGGCGUCGGAACAAGUGAACAUGAUCCAUGUGGGUGGUGUCUGUACUGUUGCUUUGGACGGUUUGCGUGUGGUCUUGAACUGCCGGGACAAAGAGUCGGAGAAAACGACUAAGUGAGGAUUGCAGUAGCAGAAGUGGCUGUGUACGCUUUGAUUGAUGAAUUCCGUUGUAGAUGGUGGUGGUGCCAUCGACUCUUGUCCGAGUUAGGAUGGGCGUCAAAGACUUAUGAGAUAGCAUGAAAAAUUUCUACAAAACCGACAAGUAAUUGCGUUUAUCA